AACUGUCCGUCACCCGUGACUCUAACCCUCUUACAUAACUAACUCUCCACACUUGUCCUCACUUUCAGCCACAUUGACUGCAUUCACUGUUGCUGUGUUGUGGAAGACAAAGAUGUUUAAAACGAUGUACAAGCAGGCGAAGAAACAUCCUGGGCUCAUCCCUCAGUUCCUCUUCACAGUAGUGGGUUUGAGUGGAGCUGGUCUCUAUCUGAUCCGACUGGCUCGUGCACCUUACGUCAGCUGGGACAGGAAGAAUAACCCUGAACCGUGGAACAAUCUCGGCCCGACCUAUCAGUACAAGUUGGUGGCCGUCACCACAGACUAUGAGAGUCUGAAGAAGGAAGGACCUGACUUUUAAAAGACCUCAGUGGAACUACAGGCGCACACACACACACACAAACACACACACACACAUUUUACUAAACGAUGCAUCCCUGGAUGCUCCUGCUGCCACUGCAAACAAAUGAAAUCAGUUCUUUUAAUAGCUAGAAACACAAACAAAACAUAUUUUAUAGCCAUUAUUGUUCGUUCAGAAAAAAUAAAAUUAAAAACAUUCUAAUUGUAAAGAGAUCAUGAAAUGAUAAAAAAAUACCUGGCAAACAAUCAAAUAGUCAUUUCUACUAGAUGAUUUCAUACCAACACUGGCAUGAGUUAGAUUCAUAAUAGACUUUCUUGUAUCUCAUCCACCAUCCUGUGUGCAUUUUCCCACUGAUCUCACUGUAAGUCAUUCUUGUGUUCUUUAGCCAGAAGAGUAGUUUUUGGUGUCUUUCUGUUCUGUAUCAUCAAAGAUCUGAAAAUAAAGACAUAUUCAUGCAAA